UUCCUUAGAUUUGCAAUAUACGUCUACAACUAAUGCAAAUCCAUUUUUAAAUACCAUAUACUACUUCAUGGGUUGUACCAAGUACCUUAUAAUAACAAAAUAAUCCCAAUUCCUGCCUCCUAUCUCUUAUAUCACUACUGUCAUUCAUUUCACUUAUACAUAAGCAUACUUAAGUAUAUAUGUUUCUGUGGAUAUAUAUACACAUAUAUGAAUACAUAAUUGAAUACAUUCUUGCUAUUAUUAUUUUGAACAAACUGUUAUCUGUUAGAUCAAUUUGGAAUAAAAAAAUAAGUUACUAUUUUAUCUUCACUCAUUCCUUCUUCAGUGCUCUCUUUCUUUAUAUAGAUCCAAGUUUCUGACUUGUAUGUUUUUCUUUCCCUUGGAAGAACUUCUUUCAGUAUUUCUUACAAGGCACAUGUACUAACAAUAAAUUCCCUCAAGUUUUGUUUGUCUGAGAAAGUCUGUAUUUCUUCUUCAGUUUUGAGGAAUAAUUUUACAGGGUACAGAAUUCCAGGUUGUUUAUUUUUUUCUCUCAAGAUGUUAAACAUUUCACUUCAUACUCUUCUUGUUUGCAUGGUUUCUGAGGAGAAGGCAGAUGUUAUCCUUAUCUUUGCUCCCUAUAGGUAAAGUGGCUUUUUCCUCCGUCUUCUUUCAAUAGUUUUUGUUUGUUUGUUUCUUUGUUUGUUUGGAACAGAGUCUUGCUUUUUCACCAGGCUGCAGUACAGUGGUGCAAUGUCAGCUCACUGCAACCUUGCAACCUUCACCUCCUGGGUUCAAGUGAUUCUCCUGUCUCAGCCUCCCAAGUAGCUGGGAUUACAGGCGCCCACAAUUACGACCAGCUAAUUUUUGUGGUUUUGGUAGUGAUGAGGUUUUGCCAUGUUGGCCAGGCUGGCUCGAACUCCUGACCUCAAGUGAUACACCCACCUUGACCUCUGGUCAACCUGCCUUGGCCUCCAGUAGUGUUUUAUUUAUCUUUGAUUUCUAGUUUGAAUAUGCUAUACCUGGGUGGAGUUUUUUGGCAUUUAUUCUGGUUGGUGUUCACAGAGCUUCCUGGAUCUAUGGUUUGGUGUCUGAUAUUAAUUUGGCGAAAAUCUCUGUCAUUAUUCUUUUUUUGUUUAUUUAUUUAAAAGGUGGAGUCUCACUGUGUUGCUCAGGCUAGAGUGCAGUGGCCUUUCACAGGUGUGGUCAGCAAGGGAAUUUUGACCUGCUCCGUUUCUGACCUGGGCUAAUUCUCCCCUCCUUAGGCAACCUGGUGGUCCACCAUUCCCCGGAGGUCACCAUACUAACGCCAAACUUAGUGCAGACACCCAACCGGCAUAGUGCACUGCAGCCCAGAACUCCUGUACAGACUCAAGCGAUCCUCCUGUCUCAGCCUCCCAAGUACCUGGGACUACAGGUGUGUGCCACCACAUCUAUUUAUUUUUUGAGACAGGGUCUCACUCUGUCACCCAAGCUGGAGUGCAGUGGUGCAAUCAUGGCUCACUGCAGAUUUGACCUCUUGGGCUUACAUGAUCCUUUCACCUCACCCCACUGAGUAGAUGGGACCAGAGGUGUGCACCACACCCCCCUAAUUUUUUAAUUUUCUUGUAGAGAUGGGGUCUCCCUAUGUUGCUCAAGCUAUUAUUAUUUUAAAUAUUUUUUCUGUUUCUUUCUCUUCUCUUUGUUUCUCUUCUCUUUCUUGCAUUCCCAUUAUGUGUAUGUUAUUUUUUUUUUGUAGUUGUCGCACAGUUCUUGAAUAGUCUGUUUCACUUUUUCAAUCUCUUUGCUCUUUGCUUUUCUGUCCUGGAAGUUUCUAUUGAUAUAUCCUCAAGGUUAGAGAUUCUUUUUUCAGCCAUGUCCAUUAUACUCAUGGGCCUAUCAAAGGCAUUUUUCAUCACUAUAACAGUGUUUCUGAUCUCUAGCCUUUCUUUUUAUUCUUUCUUAGGAUUUCCAUCUCUCUGCUUAACGGGUUCUUGCAUGCUGUCUACUUUAUUCAUUAGAGCCCUUAGCAUAUUAGUUAUAGUUGUUUUAAAUUCCCAGUCUGAUAAGUCUAACACUCCUGCCAUAUCUGAGUCUGGGUCUGAUGCUGGCUCUUUUUCUUCAAACUUUGUGUUUUGCCUUUUAGUAUGACUUGUAAUUUUUUUUCUUGACAUCAGACAUGAUGUACUGGGUAAGAGGAACUGCAGUUAGUAGGCCCUAUAGUAAUGUCGUAGUAAGGUGGCAAAGGACAGAAGAGUGAUCACAGUCCUAUGAUUAGGUCUCAGCCUUUUAGUGAUCCUCUGCCUCUGAAAUGUUAACUUCACAAGUGCUUCUUGGUUUUCCCCCUUUGGAUGGAACAGGACAGUUAGAGCUCUAACUGUCUAACUUUAGGUGUUAGAGCUCUAACACCUAAAAAACAUAAACAAAUAUUGAACUUUAGCCAAUGUAUGCACGUUGAAAUGUUUGAGGGGGGCAGGGAAAGUGUACUGAUGUCUAUCACUUACUUUGAAAGUCAUCAAAAGACAAGAUGGAUUGAUAGGUAGGUGGAAGGAUAGAUAGACACGUGAUAAAGCAACUAUAGUAAAACGUAAAUUGUAAGGUCUAGGAGGUGAGUAUACAGGUUUUCAUUGUGCUUUAUUUCCAACUUUUUUGUAUGUUUGAAAAUUUCAUAAUACAAUGUUCAAAAAAUAAGCCCAACAGCCUAGGGAGACAGGUCAGAGUCAGUAGGAUGAAAUUUAAUGUCAGUGAAGGGCAAGUGGUCUCUUCAGGUGCAGAUGCUCUUUUGCUUAGGUGAAGAAUGAGGAAGUCAUUUUCUGCCAGCUGUUCAUGUACAUAAGGAAUGGGUUGCACUCAAGGUAAUUAUGAUGUGCUUCUGUAAGAGAUGCUGAAAUCAUAGAUGUUUCCAUAAUCUCUGGACAAGGAAUUGGGCAUGCUAUCCUACUCCAGACAAUUCACAUCCUCUUAAGGUGAGAUAUCCUGCUUUCUAAGAGACUUUGGCAAAUGAGUCAUAUCAGUCAGGAUGGGCUGAGUUUUGCUGCAAUAACAAAAGACUCCCAAAUCUCAGUGUCAUCUCCCUCAUAUUCCACAUCCAAUGUGAGUUGGCUGUGGCUCGAUCCAUGUCGUUUUUACUCUGGGACACAAGCUGACAGGGUGGUUUUCAUUUAGAGCAUUCUAUCUAGUAGCAGAGGGAAAAAGAGACAUGGCAAACACAGGCCGGCUUUUACAGAAGCCUUGUAAGUGGUCUAUGAUGCUCCUACCCACAUAGCAUCGGCCAAAACAAGUCUGAUGGCCAGGCCUUAGUUCAGCUAGAUGUGAACACCCCAUCCUCCAGCAGGAGGAGGCACAGCUGAUGAUGACCAACAGUGACUGAAUCUACCCCAAGGAGAUUAUCAGAAUGAUGUGAGGUCUAAGAAAGCUGAGGGAACUAGGGUAGAGGUGGCAGAGGAAUGACAUGCUGGUUUUAUUCAAACAUUUUAGAAAAUGCAAGACAAGAUGUGCUCUGCACAGCUCCAGGGGCAAGCUGAAGACAUUUCUACCAGAUAGGAGUCACAGGCUUCAGGUUGUCACAGGAAGCACAUUUUGACAGGAAGGACUACCCAGCAUUAGGGAACACCGAGAGCACAUUGUUACCUGGGCUGCUCCAUGUGCCCAGGACAGUGAUGACACCUGAAGACAGUGUUGCCUUCCAUUCUCCCCCUCCCCAUAAAAUACUGGGCCCAGCCGCCCACACAGCAGGGAGCUCCCUAUCCCUGAAAUAAUGUAAGCAGAGCCUGGGUGCUCCUGGACAGAGGGCUGUGGAUGGAGCCCCUGCAUCGCAGGGUGAGGCCAGACCACAGCAAGCCAGAGGAGGGUGUGUCUAGCCCAGGGUACACGUAGGACAGAUAACCUGGCAGGGAUGCUGUGCUCCUUCUUGCUAACAUGUGCCCCUCUCAAGCUACCAGGAAAAAAAAUCACAUAAUGAGGUUGCUAAGAUCUACAGAAAGAAUGAAUCCUCUAUCCAUGAAAUUGUGAAGAAGGAAAAAGAAAUUUGUGCCAGUUUUGCUGUCACACCUCAAAAUGCAAAACUUACGGCUAAGUGAGAAGCACUUAGGGUAGAAAAAGCAUUAGAUUUGUGAGUGGAAGAUGUCAACAGAAACGUAUUCUGAUUGACAGCAACCAUGUAGCACCAGAUUAACUUCAUCUAGAUUAAAUUUGUUCACUGGCAUCUACGUAUAGGAAAAGACGUGGCAGAUGUAGGGUUUGGUACUAUCUGCAGUUUCAGGCAUCCGCUAAGGGUCUUUGAAGAUAUCCCCCAAGGAUACUCUAUAUAAAUGAAAUCAUCCAACAUGCACUCAUUUUUAAUCUACCCUUUUUCACUCCAAAUCAUUAUCUUGAUAUAUAUCCAUGUUGUAUCAACAAUUUGUCCCUUUUUACUGCUAAGUAGUAUUCCUUAGUGUGGCUAAACACAGAGUGUUUACACAUUCACCUGUUAAUGGAAAAUUGGGUGGUUUCCAGUUUGGGGAUUUUACAAAAAGCCUGCUGUGAACAUUUCUGAAUACAUCUUUGCAAGAGCAUAUUUUUCUUAUUUCUCAUGUAAUUACUAUCAAACAAAAAUAUAAACCUGGAUUCCAUAAAAAGAGAAUUUAUUCAAAAGGAUUGUUGUGGGGGUGUGGGGGGGGACUAUUACAAUAGGGAGACAGUCUGAGGAUGUGAUCCUCAAGUGUCUCAGAGGUUAGGCAAAGGGCUGACCUUGUAUAGGGAGGCGUAAACGUGGCUAGAAAGAACUGUUAUGGGAAAGUGGGCUGAGCAAGAGUGUCACGAUCGAGCAGGUCUUACCCUGCAGACAGCCUGUUCUCAGCAGGGACCCUCAGGAGGGUGGUGGGUUGGCACAAGCUGCGGGUGGGCCAAAGCUCAGGGGCUUGGAGAAGGAGAGAAUCUGAACCAAAGUUUGGUUACAGGCAUUUUGUUCUUAUUGAUCUAUGGGGACAAGCAGUCCAGCUAAUCAUUUAUGAUGCCAAGAAUGGGAAUUUAGAGGGUCUGUGUAUGGUCUGGUCAUGAGGGGACAUUCAGGAUUCUUAUCCAAGCUAUAUGGAAAGUCACUGGUUCUUUCCAGUAGGGUGUUUUCUGGAACAAAGGAGUGGAGGGAUUCCUUAACCUUCACUAUUUCUAGGAGCAAAGGGCUAAGGUAAAAUUCAAUACUGUCAAUAGUUAGGAUUGAAAUGGCUAGGUCAUAUGGUAGGAGUAUGUUUAACUCUCUUCAUACACUGCCAAAUGAUUUUCAAUUGUAGUGAUACUAUUUUAUAAUCCCAUAAGCAGUGUACAAGAAUCCCAGGUCCUCCACAUUCUUGCGAAUACUUGGUAUAAUCAGUCUUCUUUGUCCAUUCUAGUAGGUGUGAGACGGUGUCCCAUUGUGCUUGUAAUUUGCAUAUCCUUAAUGAUUAAUGAUGUUGAGCAUCUUUUCAUGUCUUAAUUUUCUAUCUGUAUAUCUUCUUUGGUGAAGUGUCUGUUCAAAUAUUUUGUCCAUUUAAAAAAUUGAAUUGUUUGAUUUUAUCUAUUGAUUUUAAGUGCUCUUUCUAUAUUCUGGAUACAAGUCUUUUAUCAAAUAUAGCCUCUGAAGAUCUUUUCUUUCAGGCUGUAACUUAGCUUUUCAGAAAGUCUUUGGGAGCUAUGGCUUAAAGAAACACUUGUGCCAGGUUCUCCUCAGCAUAUCCCCCUGAUCACAGCCACCCCCAUAGGCUCCAUUUCUUUUUUCUUUUUUUGAGACGGAGUCUCGCUCUGUCCCCCAGUGGUGCGAUCUGGGCUCACUGCAAGCUCCGCCUCCCGGGUUCAGGCCAUUCUCCUGCCUCAGCCUCCCGAAUAGCUGGAACUACAGGCGCCCGCCAACAUGCCCGGCUAAUUUUUUGUAUUUUUAGUGGAGACGGCGUUUCAUAAUGUUGGCCAGGAUGGUCUCGCUCUCCUGACCUCGUGAUCCGCCCGCCUCGGCCUCCCAAAGUGCUGGGAUUACAGGCGUGAGCCACCGCACCCGGCCAUAGGUUCCAUUUCUAUAUCUGUGGUGACCUUCUGCAAGCUAGGCUGAAGUCCCAAGCUCCAGACCUAUGUCUCCAACUGCCCACCGUUCAGUGGCCUUUGGAUGUCCCAUGCAAAUUGGAACUCACUAUCAUCUCCCCAGACCCGCUGCUCCUCCAGAAGCCCUGUCUCCAUCAACGGCCCUGCACCUACCCGGUUAGAGACCCAGGAGUCGGCCUUGUACCUCCUUCCUUCUCACUUCCACCUUCUGUCAUCCAGAGCUGUCAGUUCUUCCUCCUGAACAUCUCUGGACACUCACCUCCGCCAAGCACCACACCACCAUUGUUCUCACCCGCACCACCCACCCAGACACCUUUCCUUAGACGGGUGGCCAGAGAAAAACUUCUCAAAUAGAAGUCGGGCCAUGGCACGCCACUGAGGACCUUCCAGCGGUCUCCUGUGCACUUAAACAAGGUCCAGACUCCUUCGUGGGACAAGUAAAGCUCCUGAUGAUCUGGUCCUAGAGUAAUGUGGGGGCCUCUUGCCCAGAGCCCCUCACACUCUUCAAAGCCGGCAGCUGAAGAGCUCAGCUGUAGCUGUCUGUGGAGUUCAGCCGCUGCUCCCUGCACGCCUGCCCUCUGCAGGGGAUGGAGCCCCAUUUCCCCACUUCCCCACCUGCGCCCGGCAGUGCAGGUGAAGGCCUGGCUGCUGGGAGUGGCUGGGAAACACUGCGCUUUGGGGUCAGGAAUGCCAGCUCCACUACUCACCGCCUGUGUCAUCCUGGGAAAACAGCUCUGGCCCCAGGUUCUCCAUAAGUAAAACAGGGGCAGUCAUCCCUCCCCUCCUCAACGACAUAUGUCAGAAUCAGAAGCCACAAAUCAUUCUCUGCCCCCCAGCACGCUGCCUUGGUCUCCUAGACCACUUUCCCCAACAAAGGGAACGGCGCCAGGCCCAGAACAGGGCCGAGACCGGAUGAGGCUAGCGAAGCGCCCAGGGACAAACUUUCAGGCAGCGCCCACUCUCGGGCUCGGGCAAUUGCAGGGUCCCUCCGAGAGCGAGCGUCUCCAGAGAACGCGGCGGGCGCAUGGCUGUGCCCGGAGCCUGAAGACCCCCCGGAGCCGCCCGCCCCGCACUGGGCCCGCCCCUCCGGGAUUGGUGCCCUGCUAGUGGCCAUUGCCUGUGACGUCACCGGACGCGCCCGCUUCUGGCUGGAGUGCGCACCAAGCGGCAGUGGGUUCGCCGCUGCUGUAGUUCCCCGGCUGGCUGCGGUCACUGGUGCCAGUGCUCAGGCGCCUGCUGCCCUUGACCUCCCGCCCCGCGAGCCCUAACUCAGCUCAGGAGGACCGGCUGCCGCCGCCGCCGCCGCCAGCAGAGCCAAGCACAGUGGGAACUUUCAGAAAGCACUGGUUGAAGGAACCCUGGAAUCCCUGGGACUUACUACGUAGCAUGUAGUAGUUGCUCCUCUAGAAAAGUUUCACCUUAUGAAGUAUAGCAGGCUCUGAUGCUGGUGUCUGGUAGAAGAAGGUUACUCACAGCUCUGCUGCAGGCUCAGAAGUGGCCCUUUCAACCCUCCAGAGACAUGAGACUAGUGCAGUUCCAGGCACCCCACCUGGUGGGGCCUCACUUGGGCCUGGAGACAGGGAAUGGUGGAGGGGUUAUCAACCUCAAUGCCUUUGACCCCACACUCCCGAAGACGAUGACACAGUUCCUAGAGCAGGGAGAGGCCACCCUCUCAGUGGCAAGAAGAGCCUUGGCUGUCCAGUUGCCAGUCCUACCACGGUCGGAGGUAACCUUCCUGGCUCCAGUCACACGGCCAGAUAAGGUGGUGUGUGUGGGCAUGAAUUAUGUGGACCACUGCAAAGAACAGAACGUGCCCGUGCCCAAGGAGCCCAUCAUCUUCAGCAAGUUUGCCAGCUCCAUCGUGGGGCCCUAUGAUGAGGUGGUCCUCCCACCACAGAGCCAGGAGGUAGACUGGGAAGUGGAGCUGGCCGUGGUCAUUGGAAAGAAAGGCAAGCACAUCAAGGCCACAGAUGCCAUGGCCCACGUGGCCGGCUUCACUGUGGCUCAUGACGUGAGUGCUCGUGACUGGCUAACAAGACGCAAUGGGAAACAAUGGCUGCUGGGAAAAACCUUCGACACCUUCUGCCCUCUGGGCCCUGCCUUGGUGACCAAGGACAGUGUAGCAGAUCCACACAACUUAAAGAUCUGCUGCCGAGUGAACGGGGAAGUGGUCCAGAGCAGCAACACCAACCAGAUGGUAUUCAAGACAGAGGACCUGAUAGCCUGGGUCUCCCAGUUUGUCACCUUUUACCCAGGGGAUGUCAUCCUAACUGGGACCCCCCCGGGUGUCGGUGUAUUCAGGAAACCUCCUGUCUUUCUCAAGGUCUCUGAAGGUCCAGAUAGCACUGAUGGCGAGCUUUGGGUCUGCACACUCUGGAAAGAAGAGAGAAUUGAAGGCUCUAGGGGGCAGCAGCCACCAGCAAACACCGCUGCCUCCAGGAGCCUGGGCUGACUGGUUGGGACUCACCGAAGAUCCCUUCUUCCUGGGCGGUGGCCUGCAGGAACUGGAACAGCUGCUCUGUGUAGCCCGACUCUGCAGAAGAGAGAAGACCUAGACCUGGCGCCCAGCACAGACAGAGCCUGCCUUGAGGACUGCAAGGGAACAAGGGCCUCACCAGUAUCGGGCAGCUGGCCCCGGCGGAGGAAGGCGGCAGCCUGUGCAAAGGCCUUGAGCAGCGGGCUGAGCAGGCGGCAGAGGAAAAGAAAGAAAUCUGGGCAGUGUGACUGCUGGCUGAGCUGGAGGGGACAGGCCGGGGUGAGUGCAGCUCCCCACCGCCUCCCUACCACCUCCCUCCAGGGGCAGCUUCUUGAAACACACCCUGAAGUACCGGCCCUCAGCCUCUUCGAAGUCAUCACUGUCACUAUCAGUAAAGUCCCCACUCGGUUUCC